ACUACUUAACGAAGAAAUAACCUUACCAACAUCAGGAGAAAAGUGCUGGAAGGCGACAGUGGGACUGAACGUUUGUGUCUGAAAAAAGUUCGAAUUUAGUCUUUUGCAUGAAGAUGGACUCUGCGGCGGUGGAAAUUGACGGAAGCGUGAUGGAGGGUGGCGGACAAAUCCUGAGAGUCUCCGCCGCGCUCAGCUGCAUCACCGGGUCAUCCAUCCAAAUCACCAAAAUACGAGCCGGCAGAAGCACACCGGGACUUAGACCACAGCACCUGAGCGGCCUGCAGCUGGUCUCAGAUCUUUGUUCUGGCAGUCUGCAGGGAGCCAGCAUCGGCUCCACCGACAUCAGUCUGACUCCAGGAAAGAUCCAGUCUGGAAACCACACUGCAGACACACAGACAGCAGGGAGCGUGUGUCUGCUGCUGCAGGUAGCUCUGCCUUGUGCUCUUUAUGCUGAUGCUGCCUCACAGCUCUGUCUGAAAGGGGGAACCAAUGCAGAGAUGGCUCCUCAGAUUGACUACACCAUCAAGGUUUUUAAGCCCAUUUUGGAGAAGUUUGGAAUCCAUUUUGACUGUGACAUCAGAAUGAGGGGUUUCUACCCUAAAGGUGGUGGUGAAGUGAUGGUGACGGUGAAUCCAGUCAAAGAACUGCAACCUGUUACCAUGAUGGAGAGAGGAAACAUCACGAAGAUCCACGGCAGAGCAUAUGUUGCUGGAGUCCUGCCCUUCAAACUGGCGAAAGACAUGUCGGCUGCUGCUGUUCGAACCAUUAGGAAGGAAAUCAAAGAACUUUACAUCAACAUCCAGCCACUUCAGGAGAAAGACAAAGCCUUUGGAAACGGGAAUGGAAUAAUAAUCAUCGCAGAGUCAUCAACAGGUUGCCUGUUUGCAGGUUCAGCUCUGGGAAAGAAAGGUGUGUAUGCAGAUAAGGUUGGUAUUGAAGCUGCUGAGAUGCUACUGAGAAACAUCAGACACAAUGGCUGCGUGGAUGAAUUCCUUCAGGACCAGCUCAUUAUCUUCAUGGCGCUGGCAAAAGGGACGUCUCGAAUUCGAACUGGCGCUGUGACACUCCACACACAGACGGCCAUUCACAUUGCAGAAAAGCUGACUGAGGCAAAAUUCACAAUAACAAAGUGCGAGGACGAGCUGAGCAGCAAUGUCACCUAUGUCAUCGAAUGUCAAGGAUCAGGAGCAGCUAACCCCAACCUGUAGCUGAAGACACACACUUUACCACACACUGUACACACACACUGAACACACUCUGUCUCUCUACUGGACUUGGUAGCUGCUCCUGACCUAGCCGACCCUCUUAGCUUGUUUCUCUCAGGGUUUUUCCUUAAAUACUGUAAUAAAUAAAUAAAACUCUUGCCAGACUUA